AUGCGCCCAUCACUCUACCUCUCGGCUGCACUCGUGUGCCUCUCGGCCUGUAGCCAGGCCGUUGUAGCUGCACCAGAUUCCGACCACCUCAUGUCGGCUGUCGCAAACACCGACGGCAACGCCGUCGCCUCCGGUGGAGAAUCCCAGGGGAAGCGCUUCCUCAAGCACUGGGAGGACGACGCGAUUCCGGACACGAAAGACCUGCGGACUCCGUUGACGGACAACGCGAAGACCCUGUCUGCGUACGAAGCUGAGCUGUACGACACGGACGGCAUUUCCAAGGGCACGCCGGAGAGCAACACUCGGGCGACCCGAAAGCACAACGCGACUUUGCUGCGCACGCGGAACACGAACGAAAAGAACAAGGACGACAGCUCGGACAGCUCUGAUGGCUCUCGCAACCCGUCGACGGGCAUUGGGGGCGACAUGCUUUCCCAGAGUUACUUCCACGCGCAGAACUCCGACAAGUUGUACAAACAGCACAUGACCGCCGAGGAAUCGGCGAUCGACUUGGGUCUGAAGAAUGGAGUCUCCAUUUUCCAACCGAAGAAGAGCUAUGCGCAGAAGAGCUAUGAAGCUUACCUUCUACGCGAGUGCGCUCGUGCGUCCAACGCGGCUGAGCCCGCCUGCGCCUAG